AUGAUUCAACUCGCAAGAUUUGAAAUUUUCCAAAAGAAAGAAGUGGUGGAGAAAUUUAAGCCAUUGAUAAAUCAUCUCAUUAGCUGUACCUCUACUCAGUUUUUGGACGAGCUGUCUAAAAUUCGUGAAUGGGAUAGAAUUAGAGAUGAUCUUUAUGUAUGGAUUCCAGUUUUAAAUAGAAUUGACGAAACCCUGACAGCUGUCAUUGAUAAAUAUGGGUAUAAGUCAACAGACUACAAGAAAAAGGCUGUCAGGUUGAUAUGUAUGGAACAAAAUGACAUAGAUAACUGUGUGACAAUGAUGGAAUUUACAUGCCGCCUUUUAUAUAACACCGAGAAUCGUUUUAUUUACUCUUCCAUGGAUGUCAUGAACACUUUGCUGAAUUGUCCUAAUUUUGAGAUUAAAUUAUGUGCAAUAAAAAUUCUCGCUAUUAUGGGUGAACGAUACCUGAUUGCAAGAGAGAGAAUUGAUUCUGAAAAUGUAUUAAGUCAUCAGCAUCUAAAGAAAAAGGCUCUUAAGCUAGCUUUAACAUUACCAUCAUCUGUUUCUGAUGAAAAUGGAAACCAUGUAACUUUGGUAGACCUUUAUACUACUGAUAAAUCAUAUCCAGAGAAGUGGUCUAAACUGAGAUUUAACUAUUUCAUUCCUGAAAAAGACACCGGAGGUAAGAGUUUUGCAAGUUCUGAGAAUUCUAUGUCUUCUAAUUUGAAAAAAUUCACAUUAAGCACAGAUGAUCUACAAAAUAGUUCAUUGCAACAAAUAUUUGAUAAAGGUAUGAAUGCAUUGCCCUGUGAAUUUUGGUAUGAUUUUUCGCUUAAGGUGACAAUUGCCAAGUCGUUCUGUGAUAAUUCCGAAGAAAAUGAAGCACUAAGGAACCUAAUAAUAAGAACCAAGUUUAAUACAGUUGCAUACAUUAAUACCGUUUAUGCCCCUCCUCAAGUUAGUUCGAAACUAUUCGAAGUUGACCCAUACACAUUUAACAGCUUGUCAGACUUUAUUUCACUGGCAGAGCCUCGGAUUCCCGCAAAAUUACGUCUUGACUGCCUUUUUGCUUUGGAAUGUAUAUCAAUAAAACAUAUUUGGUGUUCCGAUAUUAUGAGAAAUCUUGGUGGUAACUUAUCCCAUGGUACAUUAUUCCAAAUUUUGCGUCAAAUAUCUAAUCUCCUGAGAAGCGACAGUGAUGAGAUUAAUGAAGAAUACAAUGUAAGAUUUUUUUAUCUGAUCUCUAACCUUGCCGAUGUUCCAACGUUGCAUAAUUCUCUCCUGUCUGCAGGUCUUAUUCCAUGUCUUCUAGAUGUCAUUUCAGUUAAACAUUCUAGGUACAGACGUACUGUGGCAUCCGCUACUCAUUUAUUGGAAGUAUUUAUAAAUAAUGCAGACGCUACGUCUGAAUUUAUCACAAAUGAUGGGUUCAAUGCAUUAAUUAAUUCAGUUAAUGAUGAAGUUAAUUUCGCUCUAGAAAACCCAACAUAUGGAAAACCGUCAAAAUACAAGACUGAAGAAUAUACUAUAUCAUUCAGGCAACAAGCAUAUAUUCGGAGUUUGUUAAAGCUAGUAAUGAAAUUAUUAAAAACAGAUUCAGGGGAUAGAAUUAGAAAUUUGAUUGACUCCUCGAUUCUGGUAUCGAUGAAAAAGAUUCUUGAGAAUAAUCAAAUAUUUAGUUACACAUUGGUUACUUAUACCCUAGAUAUUAUCCAAAGGGUAAUAAAUAGUGAACCCACCAUAUAUCCUGUAUUGGUAGAAGCAGAAUUAAUACCAUAUAUUUUUGAACAUUUUAGUGAUUUUGUUGCUCCAUCCGAUGAUUUAUUAUUGAUCCUUCCAGACGUGAUAUCAGCGUUAUGCUUAAACGUAGAUGGCUUAAGACAGGUAAAAGAAAAAAACUUUGUAAGUUAUUUAUUUGGCAUGAUUACAAACGCAAAAUAUGCAAAAUUACUUGCAUGGAAUGAAGAAUCCUCUGACUAUGGAAGUGCCAUCGAUGAGCUUGCUAGACACUACCCUGAUUUGAAAGAGCAGAUAUUAAAUGCUUUUUGCGAUUUAAUACGAAAUAUCCCUAAAUCAUUGUCGUUUAGUCAAUCAUUUCUGUAUAAAUCUUCGACUGGCGGAGACUUGUUUUACUAUUCAAAGGAAGACACCAUAAUUAACAACGAAGAUAACGAGAAGGAGUUGGAAUUUUGGGACAUUCAAGAAAGUUCUUCGAUAAUGGAAUGUUUUUCAAGCGUAUUUUAUGGUAUGGGACUAGAAAAUACAUCAUUGGAAAAAUUCGCGCAGAAUAUGGAUAUCGAAGAUUUAAUUCCACUACUGGAUGUAAAGAGGCCACCUUUCGAUUUCUCAUCCUCACAAGCAAUGCUUAAUAUAACUGAUGCGUUGCAGUUGUUUGAUGAACAAGACAAAAAUUAUGCAUUUACUCCACUUCUGAUAUUACUUGAGAAUAAACUAAAAGAUAUCGAAACAUUUUUGCAUCACGACGAUUCAUAUAGUUUUUUUCUCUCCUCAACAAAAAGUGGUGAUGAUAAAAAAUUAACUCACGUUGAUAAUAUUAUAGGUGAGUUAUCAGGGUUAACGUCCUUGUUGUACAUAAUUACCACAGUAUAUUUGAAUUUUUCGUCACUGUCCCCUACCAGGCUGCUGCAGAUUACAGAUUAUUUUGAUGAGAACGGAUUUAAGCUGAUUGAGUAUAUUGGGUUAUUAUUCAGGAGAUGUGCGAUGGAGGAGAUGUACAUACGUGAAUGUUUACCUGAUUCCGUAAAUGAUGAGACAACACCUGGCGAUUUAUUUAAUUUGCCCCCAAUAAAGAUAUACGCUAACGAUCCUAAGAAAAAUGAAAUUAAAGACAACAAAACUAGCGUCAAAUUCAAAAACACUUACGAAACUAGAUUUUUACUUUCCAAGUUACAGACCUACUCUUCCAUGCUUUACAGAUGCUUCCUUAGACUUACACAUACACGUAAUACUGAUAUCGAACUAAGUGAUAAAAGUAUCGAAAUCAGAAUAUUUGAUAGUACAAUUCAGCAAUUAGUAAACAUGCUUAAUAUUGGACUUACACAGGAAAACAUAUCAUUUUAUUUGGUUUUACUCCACUUCAAUACAUAUGUUAUGACCUACUCUAGGACAGCAAUAGCUAAUAAUGAUAUCCUUCAAACACUACCUGCGGUAUUGUUUUAUCAGAAGGGUGGGUAUUAUUUAUAUUCAAGGAUCAUCAUUAAAUUAUUUCAGUUUAAUGAAGGUUCUAAAAUAUCUAGCUCUGUCGAUGAGAUGUAUUUUGUAAAAAAUACUCCAGCGAUUUUGUCUGCUAGUUGCUUAAUAAAUGCGCUAAGUUUUAUUAACAGAUCUCUGCGAGCAGACAAUAUGGAAACUGUCAAGAAUGCGGAAAUGUUUUAUCCGUCUGUGGAAAAAAGGUAUGACAUUGUUUCAACACUCACGUCAUAUAUGAAAAAAUUGGCUCUAGAGAUGAUAAUACAAUUAAGCAGUAAACAUGACCUUUUUGAUUUGACAACCAGAUCAAUUCCUUACAAUAUCUAUAAAGGGAUCUUAACAAUAGUCUCAAAUAUAUUUACACCCUCUAGUUAUGAUGACAAUUGCACACUAUACGAAUUAAAGUGGGAACUAAUUCCUCCAUCACACAAAAAGAUCGAGAUUUUAAUGUCUGCAGGUCUAAAUAAAGACGUGGCAAAAGCGUAUUUGGAAGAGCAUAAUGAUUCAUUUCCUACUGUACGAGAUCCAACUACAUUUAAUAAAAAAGAAUGGGAUAUACUAACACUUAAAAUAAAACAGUAUGAAUCAGAUGAUACUGUGAAUAAUUGCGUUAUCAAAAAUGUCCCAGAUGGUAUUACACUCGAUGAAAUGCGAGAACAGUUUUAUGGGAAUUAUUUUAGAGAAAAAUUCUUUAACGUGCUUCCUUUCUAUCCAAAAUUAAUAAAUUCAUUUGCUCAAACUUUGUUGCAAAUUUUGGUCUGUGUAGAGCAUCCAUUAAAGUCCACCGCUGAAUACAUAUUUAAAAGAAUAACCAAAACCAAUAUGGAAGAUAAAUCGACAUUAUCGUCAUUAAUUCAUAUAUUUGGGAUAAUCUUGAAUGACAAAUCUAUUAUGGAACAUAGUUCAGAUCUAUUGAUGAAAUAUGUUUCUUUUAUUAACACUAAUAUGAAGGCUGAACACGUAAAUACACAAUGGUAUUCAAAAGCACUUUAUGCAUAUGAGAUUAUACUUGUAAAAUCUGACUUACCUGCACCUGAAAAAUUAAAGGAAGAUGUAAAAGUAAAAUACUAUUUACCUUCGUUGCCAUUAUACUAUCAUAUUCCCGAUAAUAUUAAACAGAAUAUUUUUAAUAACGUUAUCCGCGUUGGAGAAAUUACAAACUUUUAUUCAGCAGUCUCAAUCGCAAGAGUGUUACUAUUGUAUGGAAGAACAGAAAAGAAUACUAACGACAUUGUAAAUUCUGGAAUAUUGGCUAAAUUAUUAAAGGUAAUUGGUGUGUAUCAAAAAUACGAAAAAAUUAACUUUUUAGAAGCUGCGUAUUUACUCCUUGUUAGAAGAUGUUUCGAAUCAUCAAAUGUGGUCUCGAAAUUAAUACAGCAUGAAAUCGAAAAAAGUUUUACAACGAGAACAUUGGCUGCUAAAUCUGAAAGAGAACGCGAAUUGGUAAGUUUGUUGGAAGAAAAGCCCCAUAUCAUUGCAAGAAACCCUAGCAUCUUUGUUGAAAAUUUAACCACAACCACCCACUUAUUAGAUUAUGAUUCUGAAAAUACUUUAUGGGAUUUCAUGUUGAAAAGGGAUUCUAAUACUAAAAUAAAUAGGUUUAAUAUAGCCGGAAACACUCAAAAUUCGGAAGAUAUUUCCGGCAAGAGGACAGGAAUAGUUCAUCUUUUACUAUCCCAACUUAUGGCAGCAUGGAAAAAAGAUUGGUUAUCGGAACCUUCCAAUAUUCAAUUAAAUACUAGGAGUGGGAUUUUGAAUAUUGAAAAGCCUGAUCCAUCAAGAAAUCCCGUUUGUGCAUAUAUGAUAUUUUUAUUGAAAGUAUUGGUCGAGCUUGUAUCUAGUUAUAAACAAUGCAAAUAUGAGUUUUUGACAUAUGAUAGACGUAAUGUUUACACAGAACAUCCCAAACCUAGAUCAACGGCGCUAAACUUUUUCCUUUAUCAAAUUUUAGAUAAUCCAAUAAUGGAUGAACAUGAUAAACAUCAAGCAAAGAGAAGAGAAGUUGUUAGCAUGCUUGCAAGAUCCGUGGUUGUAGGAUUCAUUUCUUCUGUUCGUGAUGAGAAAAAUGAGAAAUUAGACCCUAAAAUUGCUGACCCUGAUAUGUCCUACAUUAGAAAAUUUACUAUUGAGGUAAUCGCAAAGGCCCUGAAAUCUGCUACUGAAACUGAAAAAACACUAGAGGAGAAUGUCAGUAAAAUUGAUACAUGGUUUAAUAUUAUUUCUCUGAUGUUAUAUAUCCAAGCACCAUAUUUGCGUCCUUUAGUGGAUGCAAACAAGACAGACGCAGACCGCUAUCAGAUAUGUAAAAUGAUGAUCGAGCUGAAUGUUCCCACAAUAAUAACCGAUUGUAUGUCUGUUUUUGAUAUUAAUUAUCCAUUUUGCAAGAAAUUAUUCAAUAGCGGUGUAGAAGUAUUGAAUGCCAUUAACUCAACCAGAGGCGAUUUCGAAAACUUAUUUAAAGUCGAAAAUCACGAUGAAGAAGAAGAUGUGGAUGAAGACACUGAUAAAGAGGACGUCACCAACAUGUUUAAAAAUUCAUCAUUAGGAAUGUAUGAUGUCGACGAUAUAGAAGAAGAAGAUGACGCUGAUGAACUUGGUAAUGAUUCCUUAAUUGGAGACGAUGAGGAUAUUGCAUUUGUCAAUAAUGAUGGUAGUGGAUUUGAGGUCGUGUUCAGCGACGAUGAUAUAGGAGCGGAAGCUAAUAUUGAAUCUGAUUAUUCAAAUGCGGAAUCUGAUUAUGGAGCUCAAAAUGAAAAUGAUGGUACCGCAUUGGAUUUCGGUAUCGAUGAUGAAGGUAUUGAAAUUGAUAUGGUAGAUUCAAGUGAUAGCUUUAGCGAAACAACGGAGUCAUCCGAACAACUGUCAUCCGUUUAUAACAGCGAAGGUGAGAAUGAAAGCGAAAUUGAUGUCGUAAGUCUUAGCGACAGUGAUGAUAUCAAUAUAGAUUUAAGUGAGUACAGCAUAGAAGAUUCUGCUUGGGAGUCAGGUAUCUCGGAUCUAUCUUCUAUAAGUGACAAUUCUAGUGAAUCCGACGAUAGUGAUUUACACGAAGUUAUCAGCAGAUCGAGAAACGGACGAAGAGUUUGGACUUUUGGAGAAGGUACGGAAUUAGAAGAUGAGUCAGAUACCGAGUCUCGUGGUGUUUUCCAAGGUAUCCAGCAUACAUUUAAUCCAGAUACCCAAAAUCUUUUCACAAUAAAUAAUGCGAUGGAUAUAAGUGCUCGGCAUCAUAGAUCAUCCCGUCGAAAUCCUCGUGUCCCGAUGGUUCCACCUUCAUUGACAUUAUUGAAUGGAAACAGACGAAAUCAGAGUAAUUUGAUUAACCCAUUAAGUCCUUCUGGCCUGGAACAAGUCGAGUCAGAGAUAACAGAGCAAAUAUCCAGUAUUAGAUCGGGGGUUCGUCCACGGACUAGUAGAACCCAUUUUGCUGAUGUUUUACUUUCUGGUGAGUUAUACAGUGACAAUGCCGUUGAGGGGAUCGUUUUAAAAUCCUCGAUAUUAAGAUGGAGGGAUGCAUAUGAUAUGUUUUAUGGUUCCAAAAACUAUGGUUUAUAUCUUAUCAAUACCAUUCUGAAUAAUAUUUAUUCAAAAAGUCUUGAUUUAAAUACCCAGUUAGUAAAGGAAAGACAGAAGAAAGAACAAGAAGCCACAGAGGCAAAUACUAUAGAUUUAGAGGAUGAAAGUGAAAUAGAUGAUUAUUCAUUUAAUGACCAACAUAUUAAUGAAGUUGAAAAUAUUGCUGCAAUCCAAAGCCAUGGUCAUACUAAUUCACACAUAGAUGUAGAAGGGAAUAUUAUUGAUCACGAGCCGAUUUAUGUGAUAAUUGAUGGUUCAUCUGUUGAUAUCGGUGGUACUGACAUAGAUCCUGAAUUUUUUAACGCUCUUCCAGAUGAUAUGAGAUCAGAAGUCUUUGCGCAACACGUAGGUCAGAGAAGGGCUGAAUUGAUUAACAAUAGCCAAAUCAAUAACCAGAAUAAUAGAGAAAUAGACCCCAACUUUCUGGAGGCAUUACCUCAAACACUCCGUAAUACUAUUGUUAACCAAGAGGACAUAGCGUCUGAAGAAUUACAUCAUGUACACCAUUCUGACUCUUCAAAUUCUAGGGCUACUAUAAAUGAGGUUCUUCAACCAAGUAGGUUGUCCCUUGCAGGUAACGAUGAUAUCGAUAAUGGAUCGAUGGAACAUAUCAGUAAUGAGUUGAGUCCACCCAAAGAUGUUACAGACAAGAAAAAACAUUCCCGAACUUAUUUCGAUAAUCUUUUGGAUCGGACCGGUAUUGCAUCACUGAUGAAAACGGUAUUCAUACCCCAACCAUAUAUUAAACGUGAAAUGUACCACGAAUUGUUUUACCGUCUCUGUUUGAGUAAACAGAAUAGAAGUGACAUUAUUAAUCUUUUAUUAUUGAUCUUAGCUGAAGGUACCUGUGAUCAAACUUCUUUGGAAAAAAUGUAUAAUGUUAUUAAUUUCCGUGGUAAUCGUUCUUCUAAACCACAAGGUAAUUCUCAACGUCAAGUUCCACCAGAUUGCACACCUCUAGUUGUUGCUAAUCAAACCAUCGAGAUCCUACAGAAUUUGAUCGAUUCAGAUAACCGCUUGAAAUUUUUCUUUAUUACAGAACAUGAUAAUUUAAUGAUAAACAAAACUUCAUUCAAGACUAAGAAAGAGGGUCCUGUAAAACACGAAAGAUGGCCAAUUAAAUAUCUUGUGGACCUACUGGAACGGAAACUUAUAACAGAUGAAACUGUGUUAAUGGAUUUACUUACAAAUAUUUUACAAACGUGUACUAAACCAUUACUAGCGAUGGUAAAAAAUUCACAACAAUACAAAACGAAAAAGAAAUUCCAGAUUCCAGAUUUUGAUAAGGAUGACUUUGAAAAGGUUGUCUCCAUAAUAAACCUAGAUAGUUGUAAUACAAAAGUAUUUCAACAAACUUUAAAUACCAUGCACCAUUUAUCAUUUAUUGACGAUGGAUUGACAUAUUUUACAGAACAACUUGUGAACAGCGCUAAAUCCACUGCAUGUAAUCUAUUCCAUGAUCUGACCCAACUUUCUCUUAUAACAUCAAAGGAAUCUGAUGAUUCAGAGACAACUAACGAAUUGGUUCAGAAAAUGAUAGUUCCUAGUUCCGAUCAGGCAAAGUUAUUAAAGAUUCUAACAGCAGUCGACUUUUUAUACAGUCAUAAAAGACGAGAUAAUGAUUCACAUAUAGAAAGACUUUCUGCCAUAUACAACAAAAUGGAGUUAGGUAAAAUCUGGGGUUCGUUGAGUAGAUGCUUAUCAGUAUUUGAAGAAAGAAAGGAUAUAACUACUUCUGCUACGAUAUUACUACCCGCUAUAGAAUCGCUAAUGGUCGUCUGUAAACAUUCAAAUAUGAAGAAUACUAACAGUCAAUUGAAAAAAGUAGAGGAAAAUGACUUAGAUUUUUCCAAGAUUCAAGUUGAAAAUCUAUUUUUCCCAUUCACAGAUAUCCACAAGAAACUAUUGAAUCAUAUGAUUCGUUCAAAUCCUAAAUUAAUGAGUGGCCCAUUUGCAUUAUUAGUUAAAAAUCCAAAGAUUCUAGAUUUUGAUAAUAAAAGAUAUUACUUUAUUGCGAAAUUAAAUAUUGAUGAUAAAAUGGCUCCUAAAUUACCUGUAAGUGUUAGAAGAGAUCAAGUAUUCUUGGAUUCCUAUCGUUCAUUAUUUUUUAAGAACAAUGAUGAAAUUAAAAAUUCUAAACUAGAGAUUACAUUUAAAGGUGAAAGCGGUGUUGAUGCUGGUGGUUUAACGAGGGAAUGGUAUCAGGUUCUGUCCAGGCAAAUGUUUAAUCCAGAUUAUGCAUUAUUUUUGCCUAUCGCGUCAGAUAAGACAACAUUCCAUCCAAACAGAAGUUCGGGAAUAAAUCCAGAACACUUAUCAUUUUUUAAGUUUAUUGGUAUGAUUAUUGCCAAAUCAAUAAGAGAUCAGUGCUAUCUGGACUGCCAUUUCAGUAGAGAGGUAUAUAAGGAUAUUCUAGGAAAGCCCGUAUCCUUAAAAGACAUGGAAUCAAUUGAUCCAGACUAUUACAAAUCUUUAGUUUGGAUCCUGGAAAAUGAUAUAACUGAUAUCAUUGAGGAAACGUACUCGUUGGAAACAGAAGACUACGGUGAACAUAAAAUAAUUGAUUUGGUCGAAAAUGGUAGAAAUAUACCUGUUACGAAUGAUGAUAAACAAAAAUACGUUCAAAAGAUUAUUGAUUAUAAACUGCAUAAAUCAGUUCAAGAACAAAUGGACAAUUUUUUGUUGGGGUUCUACGCUUUAAUACCGAAAAAUCUGAUUUCGAUUUUUGACGAGCAAGAGAUCGAACUAUUGAUCAAUGGACUGCCUGACAUUGAUGUGGAUGAUUGGAAAAAUAAUACCAACUAUGUUAAUUUUACAGUAAACAGCAAGGAGGUGGGUUACUUUUGGAGAGCUGUCAGAUCAUUCGAUUCAGAAGAACGAGCCAAGUUAUUACAAUUUGUUACUGGUACAAGUAAAGUACCAUUAAACGGAUUUAAGGGCCUCAGCGGUGUUGGUGGUGUUUGUAAGUUUUCUAUCCAUAGAGACUAUGGGUCAACCGAAAGAUUACCUUCUUCACAUACUUGCUUUAACCAAUUAAUUCUACCAGCGUAUAACUCAUACGACAUGUUGCGUCGUGCACUGCAACAUGCUAUCACGGAAGGUUCAGAAGGUUUCGGCCUAGCAUAG